AUGUCUAUUUCAUAUAAUACUCCUGAUGAUAACGGUUCGUCAAAUGUUGACGCCAUACAAGACACAUCAGCUUUUAAUGAGCGUGCCUUCGUACCUCAUGAAGCUGUAUUCUUUUACAGGCCAAACAACGAUUUUCAAAUUUACCUCGUCUAUUGUAAGGAAAUAACUUUGAAUGAACUUAUAUCUCAACUAUUAAAUAAUUAUCUCUACUUAAACUAUAAUUAUCUUUAUUCGAAUAAUCUUUUCGUAUUUUAUUUUCAACAUCCUAAUGAUCAAAGAAUUUAUCAUGUGGCUUGUGAAAUGAUAUCACAUUCGAAAAUAGUUCAGCAUUUAAACUCACACAUCUUUGGCAUCGAGUUGUUGCAAAAUGAACAACAACCACCUUUGGAAUUUUCUAACAACCAUAAACAAAACCUUGAGUUUCACUUAAGGCAAUUCCUUAUUGAUUAUUUAAUACCCAUGAAAAUUUAA